AUGGAGUAGAAACUUCAAGGUUUAGAGAAGCACAUUCACAACAUUUUCAUUGCAGGAGCAGUUCUUGGUGCCCUAUCAUGUUUCGCCAGAGCUGAUUACAAUCUCCCUCUCUAUUCAUUCCUUUAUAUUAUGUGGGAUCAAGAUGUUGAUGAGAAGAUAAAACUGCUUAUCUUAUUGAUAGUGACUUGGUUUGUUGACUUUAUUUGGAUGAUAUACUGGAUCCCUCACUGGAACUCAGAUGAGAUGAAGGACUGGUAGAAGGGACUACACAAUUUUGUCAUCUUCUUCUCUGUUAUUAACUUUUUGAUGAAAAUUGCUAUCAUUUUCAUGGUUGGUUUCUCAUAAAAAGACAAUAUAAGAAAGCAAAUGCAACAACUUCAAAAUGCUAGAAGAGGCAGUAAUAACUGA